CCUCAGCCUGGUGCUGCUCGCCAUGGUCUAUCCCUCCAGAACCGAGGAGGCCGAGGAGGUCUUAGCGCCUCUCUCUGAAGACAAUGUGACCACAUCUUACCUGGAACCCCCUCUGCCAGACUACGGGCCGCGCUACAACUGGUCGCAGUCGGUGCAGGGCCACCUGCUGUCGGCCUACUUCUACGGCUCGGUGGCGUCGCACAUCCCUGGAGGGAUGCUGGCCGAGGUGGUGGGCGCGCGGCUCGUGGUCGGCGUCACGACGCUGGUCGGCGCUGUGCUGACCCUCCUCUGCCCGCUCGCGGCCGACGCCGGCGUCGGAUGGCUCAUUGCCGCCCGCGUGCUCAUCGGCAUCUGCGGGGGUCCGUUGUACCCCUCCCUGCAUGCUCUGGUGGCGCAGUGGGGGCCGCCAGAGGAGAAGGCCAAGUUCGUCUGGAGUCUGCUUGGAGGGACCUUCGGCACGGUGGUGACGUGGCCCAUCUGCUCGGCCAUUAUCGAGGCCCUGGGGUGGAAGGCGAGCUUCUACAUCCUCGGCGGCAUCGCGGGCGCUUGGAGCAUCCUGUGGUUCGCGACGGUGUACGACUCUCCCUCCAGACACCCGCGCAUCGCGCCCCACGAGCUCAACUACAUCACCACCAGCAUCGCGGGCACCGUGUCCCCGGAGAAGAGGGUGCUACCGUUCUGGUCGGUGAUAACUUCCUGUCCGUUCCUGGCGCUGGUGGCACUGCACUUUGGCAGUCUGGGAGGACUCUUCUUUCUGAUGACUGAAGGCCCCAAGUACAUGUCUGAGGCUCUCGGCUUCGACAUCCAACAAUCGGGAGGUUUCGCAAGUCUGCCGUACCUUAUGAGGCUACUCUUUGGAGUUGUCUUUAGCUCUGUGGGCGACUGGAUCCUUUCAAAACCAAACAGAAACAAGAUCGUGGUCCGAAAGCUGUUCGUCAUUCCAUCACACAUCCUGCCGGCCGUGCUGAUGGCUUCUAUGGGCUACGUGGGGGAGAACGAGGCUCUCGCCGUGGCCAUCCUGAGUCUCUCACUGGGCUGCAACGGGGCCGCCACCGUCAGCAACCUCUCCAACCACCAUGACCUCGCUCCCAACUACGCAGGAUCUCUGUACGGUAUAAUGAACGCAAUCGGCACCUGCACUGGUUUCAUCUUCCCGGCCGUCGUCGGGUACAUCUUAGAAGGAGGUAAUACCUUAGAGCAGUGGCGAAUCAUCUUCUUCAUCGGGUCUGGACUGUAUCUCGUCAGCGGUCUCGUGUUUAUCUUCUUUGGCUCUGCUGAGACACAGCCUUGGAACUUCAAGAAAAAGGAGGAAGCGACUCCUUCUUGAUAUGUGCGCCAAACACUGCACAUC